AUGUCUGAACAGGAAGCUGAGGAUAAAAGAGCAAAACAAUUAGAAGAAGCAAGGAAAAGAGUGGAAGCAUUAAAGAAAAAGAAGAAGAAUAAGAAGAAUAAGAACAAAAAAGAUACCAAGAAGGAUGAAACGGAAGAAUCUACCCAGCCAACACCUGCACCCGAAGAAUUGAAUAAUGAAGGAGAGGUAGCUUCUUCAAUUGAAGUUACUACUGGUAUUGAACCUACAGAGGAGAAGCUUGCGACCACUGAAGAAGGGAGAGAUGAUCAACAAGAUAAGCCAGAAUCGGAAAUUUUACCCACUGAGAGUGACAAGAGGGUUGCAGAAGAAGAUAUUGAAAAACCAAAGGAAACAGAAGAAAAGGCUGCAGAAGAACCAAAGCAACUAGAGGAAGAAACUAAACAUGAGCCACUCGCAGAUCAAGACAUUGCUAAGAAUGAUGACCUAUUCGGCAGUAAUGAUGACAAUGAAUCUGAUUUUAUGACUACCAUUCAAAAAGAAAGGGAAUCACAAGAGAUUAAAGAGUUAAAAUCAACUGUGGAAGAACUAAAUGCUGAAUUAAAGAAGCUAAAAUUCAGUAAUAUUGAUAAAGAGACUACUAUAGAAGAAUUACAGGAACAAGUGCAGGAAUUAACGCAGCAACUUGAAGCAAACCAGAAUGAACUACAUUCUACUAAACUUGAAUUGCAGAGUACUCAACAAUUAUUACAUGUAGCUGAAGAAAAACUAGCAAAAGCGCCAUCUCCUUCGGCAAUGCAAUUCACAACCUUUACAUCUUCUUCUUCACAACCUCAUAUAGUGUCUACAGGCAAUAAUAUGGAUGCAGUAUCAUCUCAAACUGUUCAAACACAGGAGGUUGACCGUGUUCUUUUGGACAAGUGGCGUAAUUGGAAUGUUGAUAUGACUACCUGGAGAAGUAUUGGCUCGGGACCAAUCGUUGAAUUUUAA